GGAGGGCGACAUUCUGUGUAUUUGUGGGUAGCCAUUGGAGGAAGAUUCGCUUUCAAGUUGAGGGCGUAUCAGGAUAAGAUUUGAUGUUGGCCCAAUUUGUCCAUCAGGAAAUAACCGGUCCGUUCAGUGAUAAGUGAAUGACGAUGCCCUACGUAUUCGCGUAUGAUCCUAAUAUGAAACGAUAUUCUCUAUCCCUAACCUUUGACUUUCCGUGACACAACGAUGAGGACGACUAAGCAAGAGACCCCGUCUCUAAGAAGUGUGACGGUGCGAGCGAUUGGCAUAGGGCAGCUCAUGGUGCGCGCUAGUCCUCGUCUGACCACCACUCUAACAUGCCAGUACUUAGACACUAGCUUCGGCUGUCUCGCGGAUUUGAUAGCAUGAUAUAAAUACAGUAAGCGACUUAGCUGAGAACUUGUCAGGCGCAGCACUCCUGGCCGUGGGAAUCCCCAACUUUGCGAGUAGAUGUUGUUUCAAUGUUUCGUAAAGUUCAGAGACUUUAGAUGGAAAUUCCUGCGAAGAUACGGCGUCAGGUCCACAAGCAGAGAAACAAAUUUGCUCAACCGAUCUAAUAUAGAUUUCAAUAGAACUUGCCAGCUGCCAACCCGGCUCGCUGAUCUCAAAUUUAGAAAGUUUCCAUACCUGGAUAACGUGACUUGAAUGUCGCUGAAGGUAGUUGGAAUUCCGGCGUGAGGUAACGUAGCUUGCCUGGGGAGACAUUCUCUGAGUACGAGGAGUUUGAAUGCUGGCAAAAGCAAACGAGAAUUGCGACGACAUGGGAGACCAUGGAAGAAUAUCAACCUGGUAAUUGUCCAGCGCGUUCGUAGCUCAACUGAACAGAAGAGUAAAGUGGUGAUGAUGAAUAGAGUCUUCUUCGGAAGAAACAAUCUCUUACCCUGGUACUCCAAAACCGUGACGCUGAUGAUCGCGGUUAACAGUAGCCGGAUCUGGAAGGAUGCAAUGCACGACGCUGGCUAUGUAUAUGCUAAAGUUACAAAAAAAGCCCAGGACUUGUAAACUUAUGGUAGAGAGGAGUCUAGAAUCAGAUGUACCACGAGAUUGAAUCUUUCAAACUCAAUUUCUCCUUUCAUCCACACAGAGACACUUGUCAUUCUCGCGACUAAAUUUAGACAAGUGGAUGACAGAAAGAGCCUUGCUUUAUGACUGAAUGUCAAUGGGGUUCGUGGGAGCUUUCAAAACCCCAAGAGCUUCCGUAAGGCUCUGCCAAGAAUUUCAGUUAUCAGUGCAACUCGAAUGCAAAAAGAGAGAGCUUCUCAGAUCUCCAUCCCGCUGGGAUCUCGACACGAAGGAAUGAUAUGUGCAACAGGCACUCAAGAAUAUCUUGCAAUGACCAAGCAUUCACCGCCUAAGCGUGCAAGUCGGCCCGAAAUACAUCUUCAUCCAACAAAAUUAAUGCAUCAAGGAAAACAAAAAUUGUCAGCUGUGUUGCAAAAUUGUUCGCUAACCGAGAUAACCUCGGACAAAUCAACAAAGUGAAGUUCCCGUGCAAAGCAUCUCGCGUGCAGAAGUAAACACGUAUCAGCCUUAUUAAGCUAACCAGAGACAGUCUGAAUCAUUCUUGCGUUAGUUUAUGGCGGUAUUGAAUGUGGAUGAGGUUCGAGUGCGCCAGAAUUCCGCAUGGGGAUCCGCUCCUCGCUGGCCAAUUGAUAAGAACGACCAGCCUAUUCUACACUAUUCGCAACCUCGCGCCUUAUCGCGGAAGAGAGCUCCUUGCAUCACUGCCGAUGAAGCUGAAGAGACAGCUAAAGUAGCUAAAGAAGCCCAGAUGUAUAAAAUGGAUAGAAUUUCGCAAUUGUAAACUGUAGUUAACAGGUUCUAAUCGCAAUAUCGAGUACUUCCGCAGGGUUUUAGAAAAGAAUAUGGGUUCUCAAGCUCCCACUGUCAAAGUUGCUGUCACUCAAGCCGAGCCAGUCUGGUUCGACCUCGACGCAACAGUCACGAAAACAUGCAAGUUGAUUCAAGAAGCUGCAUCGAACGGCGCAAAGCUCGUAACUUUUCCGGAAGUCUGGUUGCCUGGUUAUCCAGCUUGGAUAUGGGCUCGCCCAGUCGACUUUGCCUUGGGCACGGAGUACACGAGAAACAGCUUGAAGAUCAACUCUCCUCAGAUGCAGAAACUCAAGGACUGUGCGGCUGAAAACAAUAUCGCUGUCUGCCUUGGCUUUUCCGAGAAUGCAGAUAACUUGCUGUAUAUCUCGCAAGCUAUCAUCGGCGCAGAUGGAUCCAUUAAGAUGACUCGUCGCAAGCUCAAGCCUACACACAUGGAACCCACCAUCUUCGGAGACGCAACUGGCAACUCGCUGAACAAUGUUGUGGACGUGGAAGGCCUGGGUAAAGUCGGCGCAUUGGCGUGCUGGGAACACCUUCAGCCGCUGUUGAAAUAUCAUACUUGUUUGCUGAAGGAGGAGAUCCAUGUCGCUGCUUGGCCUCCGGUUAUUCCAUAUGCGCCUGGAAAGGGACUGUGGUCUAUGUCUCGAGAGGGAUGUCGGAAUCUUUCUAGGACUUAUGCUGCGGAGAGCCAGACAUUCGUUCUGCAUACCACGGCUAUCACUGGGCCUAAGGCGAUUGAAAAGAUGGCGACACAAGGGACCAUCUUUGGGCUUCAUGGUGGUGGAAGUUCCGCUAUAUAUGGCCCUGAUGGAAGGCAGUUGACCGAAGAUCUCGACCAAACUGAGGAGGGCAUCUUGUAUGCUGACCUGGAUUUCACCGAGGUGCUGAUGUCCAAGAGUUUCAUUGAUGUUGGUGGGCAUUAUAGCCGACCGGAUCUGUUGUGGUUGGGGGUUGAUGAUAGAGAGAAGUUGCCUGUGAGGGCUCAGCGAGAUGGAGAAGCUGAAAAGAAGUUGUAA